CGAGCCUCAACACUGCAACUCCGCAACGUCCAUGCGCCCCCAUGUCCACGCUGCACUGACCUGACUCCCCACCACCAUGGCCCCCAACCCAGAUGCCAUUGCCGACUGCGUGCUCGCCACAUUCGACCAGCUCCCCGACAAACGCAAACCUCGAUCCCGCCAACACGGCGCGAGGGAGUGGGUGCCCCUCGCCGGCAUCGUCCUAUCUAGAGGUACAGCUUGACUUGCAUGCGGAAGAUGCACAUGGCGUACGCUUAUGACCUAGCCAAGAUGAUAAGCUGACGUGUGUCUCGCUCGGGACUGGCAUGAAAUGUCUGCCCUCGAACAAACUGCAUCUGGCACAGGGUAGCAUUCUGCACGACUGGCAUGCCGAGGUCGUCGCCGUACGUGCUUUCAACCGCUUCUUGCUGGAUCAGUGUCUGCUGAUAUCCACCCCACCGUAUCCGUCUUCAGACUUCUUGCGUCGCCUAUCGAAUGAUGAACAAUCAGGUUUUGAACAGCAACCCUUCACCAUCCGCGAGCAUGUGCAGGUCCACAUGUACUGCUCAGAAGCACCCUGCGGGGACGCAAGCAUGGAGCUGACCAUGGACGCUCAAGAAGACGCCACACCAUGGACCAGUGUGCCGCCCAUCGUCUCUUCUGGAGACGCCUCGACAGAAGACAACACGACCGCACUCAGGGGACGCUCCAACUUCUCUCUCCUCGGCGCCGUCCGAUGCAAGCCCUCGCGUCUUGACGCGCCCCCAACAUUGAGCAAGUCCUGCACCGACAAGCUCGCGCUCAAACAAGCAACUUCUCUACUGUCGUCAACCACCUCUGCGCUCGUCUCUCCCAGGAACGCCUACCUUCACUCUCUCAUCCUGCCAGCCUCCCAAUUCGUUCCUUCAGCAUGUUCAAGAGCGUUUUCUCGUGCAGGCCGUAUGCAUGCCCUCACAGACGCAACGUGGAAAGGUGGCUACCGCUUCCAGCCUUUCGAGGUAAACUCCACAGAAAGAGAAUUCAGGUUCAGUCGUCGCACUCUCGCACCACAUGAGAAAGCCAUGUCGAGUAAUCUCAGCGCCGUGUGGACGCCUUCCUGGCAGGAGACGCUUAUCGGCGGCGUGCUGCAGGGAAGAAAGCAGUUGGAUCCCAGAGGCGCAAGUGCGAUAUGUCGAAGAAGUAUGUGGAAGACCGCUGUACAGAUUGCGGGUAUUGCGGGUGUUCCCAUGCUAGUCGACAUGUUGGACAAGGAGAGAUAUAGGGACCUGAAGCGAUGUGAGAUGCUGGACGAAAGGAGAAAAGUCAAAGACGAAGCGCAAAGGACAGGCUUGAGCGGUUGGGUGAAAAAUUUAGGAGACGACACUUUCACGCUCUCCGAGCCGUCGAAGUAGUAAAAGUUAUUGGGGUAUCAAACAUAAAAAUCUAGCCAAC